AUGUGCCCACUCAAUUUCUUGACUUCUUCCUCUCUCACAUCCUAUCGAGUUCGUAGCUAUCCGAACGAGCACAAGGCAUACACCGAAGAAUUUCUGGCGCCGUAUACCGCUUCCGUGACGGGCCAGCGGGGCCAAUUCCAUACGGAGAUGACUUCUUCUGGGCAAGAGUCUCCUUUCGAGAAUGUAUCCUUCAGUGAGCCUCAUUCCUGCCGCGUGGACUUAGCCAGUCCACCUUCAAGUUCCCGGCUCUCCACGAGCACAACGGAAACAAGUGAAAGUGCGUCUUGGUCUACACCACCUUCCUCUCCCAACCCGUCCUCUCCUCCUAGACCACCCCGUUCUCCUCUGCGUCCGACAGUACCUGCACCUGCACGUCGCGCAUCCGCUUCGUUGCUCAAGCUCGAGAAGUCCGACCUCACGCCGACCGCUGAGACUAUGCCUUUGUCGCACUCUCGCAGUUUUGGCUCCUUUUCCGGUCUCCUUAACCCGCAGCCCCCGAGCAUCAAGUCUGGCCGCUCUGGUCGUCCUCAGACACCAGACAAGCCCCUCCCCAUAACCCCGGAUCCAUCAACUGCUCCUUCUGGUUCAGACGAUGAUCGUGAUCAGGAAGAGUCUGCGUCUCAGUCUGCAUCUGUCACCACAUCUGUUUCGGAACCGUCUUCGCUCUUGCAACAGCCGUCGGUUGUCUCGAAGCGCACCCACGCACUGCAAGAGCUUCUGUCUACGGAGCGGACGUAUGCAUCAGAUUUGGCACUCAUCCGGGAUAUUCAUAUCCCACUGGCGUUAGGCCAACCAGCCCCAUUUCAGACGGCGCCUGCAACCCCUCCGCCCUCAGAGCCGUCCUCGCGAACACAGUCCACCUCAUCGGACACCGCAAGCACAUCCUCUUCUAUCUCGACCACCAGCCCUCCCAUGACGAGAGAAGAUACCCGGAUCAUAUUCAACAACGUUGCGGACCUGGCCUCCUUCUCAGAUACCUUCACAGAGCAAAUCGAAGAAGCGCUGGGAUCCGUGUUAGAGGGUGGGUCAGGCGAGGAUCGAGUCGGAGCGUUGUUUCUCGAAACGAUUCCCACUCUUGAACCAUUGUACCUUUCAUACAUCACGAAGCACCCAACUGCGCUGGAGCAUCUGAACCACCUCCCGCAGACGCCGGCAUUGACCGCCUACCUGGCGCAGUCGCGGGCGCUUGCGUCCAGCCUGACGCAUGCAUGGGACCUCCCGUCGCUGCUGAUCAAACCUGUGCAGCGGUUGCUCAAGUACCCACUGCUGCUAGCGGCGAUCAUCGAUGAGACGCCAGAUGGCCACUUGGACAAGCCGAAUUUGAAGCUUGCGCGGGAAAAAAUGGAGGAAGUCGCCCGGGGUGUGAAUGAAGGACGGCGUCGGCGGGAAGUCGUGAAGGAAGUGCUGAGUGGCCCGCCGUCGAGCCUGCCGAGCAAGAGGCAUAGCGACCCCAAGCCGAAGCCCAAGAAAAAGGGUCUGAAUAUCGGUGUUUCUGCCUCCGUGAGCCUGGGUCGGAUGAAGGGUUUCAGCUCGAAGCCUUUCAAGGCCAAGGAAGGCGUGGAGGCGGACCAAGAAGCCGAAGAAGUUCUGCGACUGGGCGAGGAGGUGAAGCGCUGCGAAGCGCUUGCUCGCGCGUUGGCAAAGGAGGCCAUUAACUGGUCUCAGGCUAUGCAGGAUUUCCUCCAAAGUCUGAAAGCAUGGUCAAUGAGCUUCGGACAGGUCAUAGGCGUCACGACGUCAGGCGACUCGGAGGCAUUCGACGCGUAUAUGCAGGUCGUCAGAGAUGAUUUGCCAGAGUUCUGCCGAGAGCUCGAGGCCAGCAUCAAAAACAAGCUAUUGACUGAGCUGACGAAAUUGGUGGAUUCGACACUGGCACCUCUCCGCUUGCUCGAGGCUAUGCAGACAUUGGAGCCGCUACAUCUUGGCUUGCUCAAUCUCAACAUUGCCAAAUCACGCCCCCCGCCUCAGCUUCUCGAGGCGUCCCAGUCUUACGUUGCGCUUCGCGGCCAGCUUGCAGCGGAACUCCCACAGUACAUCGCGCUGAUGAAGAAGGGGAUCACGCUUUGUGUUUUGAGGUUCUCGACGUUCCAAGCCGAUUUCUUUGGGCGCGUGAGGGACCGAUGGCUCGUUCUCUGGAAUGCCCUCAAGGUCGGCGACGAGAUGAAUGCCGGCGCGCCUGAGACGGUCAGAGUGUGGUGGAGCCGAUUCGAAGAGACAGAUGCCCGUCUUCUUGGUAUGAACAUCAUCCGGAGAAGGAGCGAAUCCCCGAAGCUGGUGCGCCAGAAGUCGAAGGCGACCAUCAACAUUUUCGACGACGACUUCAGCGAGACGAGCUCAACGGUUGUGGUCUCGUCUAUCGCAAGCUCGUGGGACCCGCUGAGUUCGCCCUCCACGCUGUCGCUUCAAACCCCGGUCAGCACAAAGGCGCGCAGCGUGCGGUCGAUGGAGAUCGGGAAUCGGCGGGGGGUCGAGCGGAAGCUUUCGGACGAGAGCCUUCGAUCAAAGAAAUCGGCCAGAUCAGCGAAAUCGACCAAGUCCUUGGGUCAUGUCGGGAGCUACUGCGUGAACGGCUUUGACUCGGACGAGAUCGCCUAUGCGUAUGGCACAUUGGCGACGCUCACGCCCUCCGCCCAGAAGCCCAGAUAUACGCGGACGAAGAGCAUGCCGAUACCCGCCCCCCUGCCUCUGAAAAAGUCCCAGUCGCACGGCCGCAUGCUCGACGACGUCGAGAUCACACGGAUGCAGGUCCCCACCGAUGCCGAGAUUGAAAGUCUGUCCGAGAUACACCCCUCUCCUCCGUUCGCCAAUCCUGACCGCGGCCGCCCCUCGCGGAAGCCGUCUUUCAAACGGCGGCUGACAGAGAGCUUCCGCCCGGGCUCCGCAUCGUCCACGUCGCGUCGGUCUCCCGCGCCGCUAGGGCCGUCACCGUCGCCGUCACCGAACAAGGCGAUGUUCGCGCCGCACCACCACCAACACCACCAUCACCACCACCAACACCGCGACCAGCCUCACACCAACUCGUCCAAUAGAUACUCCAGCCGGCGGCCAAGCUCAGCGCGGUCGCGGAUACCCGCGCUGUACGAGUGCGAGGUGGUGCACAUGUGCGAGCCCCCGCCGGGCGUGUCCUAUCGCAACCUGCCGUUCUUCACGCUGUGCGUCGGCGACUACUACAGCGUGCUGCAGGAAGCGGGCCACCCGUCGACGCACAAGGACCUCCCGCUGUACGUUGACGAUGGUGAGGACUGUCUGCUGCUCGUCAGAAACAAGGUGGACGAUAUCGGGUGGGCGCUCGCGAGCUUCCUCGUUCCGACGGACUAG